AUGCGUGCCCGUCUUCUCCUCGUGGUCGCCCUGAGUAUGCUCAAUUCGCUGCUACUGCUGGCCAGUAGCUGCCAGGCCACGCCGCUCCACCUAGGCCAGAAUGGGCGCACACGUCUUGCUCCCUUCUUUCUGGAGCCCCCUUCCAGCGAAUUUGGCAGGAGGAACAUCGAUCACGAUCUUCAUGGCAGCAAGGCACAGAAUGAUGACCAUUUCGGCCAGGCCCUUUCCAGUCGACCUAUUGCUAUAUCCAAGAGAAGCAGCAGCGACCAGCGUGCUCAUAUGGACUACACCUUCUUCAAGAGGGGAGACGGUCAUAGCGACGGCCACGUCGCUGAAGAGAUCAGUGCCAGCGAGGACGCUAGAAAAGCCAGCGACAGCGUUGAAGGAGCCAGCGAUCGCAACGACGCAACAGCAGCCAGCGUUAAUCAUGACGACGUCUUUAAAGAAGUCGUCGAAGUCCGUAAAGAAGUCACAAAGAAUUGGACUCAUUUCAAGAAGGUUCUGGAGCACCGCCGAAGCAAUCAGCUCAAGAGAAGGAACUGGCGACUUUCAAAUGAGAUCAACAAGUACGUGGAUAAGCUGCUCGGUCCUCCAUCGACGAGCAUUGGAGACGACUUUUCGCGCCUAAAUUUUACCAAUGUACCACCUAAGGUGGUCAAAGAAGAGCUCAAGAAGUUCGAAAACGCCUUUGCGAACCGGUAUAUCUGCGGCUGGGCCAAAGCCAGAGCCAUUCGCACUGGAAGGAAAUGGCAAAUUAGCGUCCUUCGGUACGUGCCUGAGGGAGGCUGGCGAGACGCAUCCAAGACCACCGGGCAAGACACAAACGAGACCACCUCCAGAAAAAGAAAAAGGAGGAAGACUACGCCCGAAAGCUCCUCCUCUUCGCAAGCCGCUAAUGUCGUCAAAGGGCCAAAAGAAGUCAAAUUUAACUUUGAGCGACUUGGCUGGUCAUCCGAUGAGAAGGUGGAGCUCACACCGUGGCUUAUAAAGGGGCAGUGGCUAAGCCGUCCGGAAGGGGACACGGAUCUGAUCUUUUUCAACGUGCCUAAGGGUCAGGCAGCGCGUGUGCGUACGCUCAUCACCGAGAAGUGGGGCAGCAAUGACAUCCCAGAGGUUGAAGAACUUUACUCCGAGAAGGAGGGCAUGUGUCUUCUCAGGCUUAGCGGAAAGGAUGAAUUCCGCUUCGUGUACUAG